GUAUAUAAGCUAAUUAGGCUUUUAAUAUAUUAAUCCGUUGGAGGAAAAUUAUACACCAAAGUUUAAGGCCACAGUCACUUUCUUCAAUCGCACCCACUUUUAACCACUUUAAUUUCUCCAUGUUUCAUCCAAGUGAAUGAUUACUUUGAGCUUUCAAUCUUUCUUUCUGUCGUUUGUAAUUUUUUGAAGAAGCCGACGUCAAGAUGAAAGUUCCUUUUGCGCUUGCAGCUUUGUAUCCUAUUUUCCUUUCGGCGUCUGCGACAACGGUGCUUGAUGUUGAACCAAUAUAUAUCGGCCAUGUAUUCUACCCGCCUUCCAUGUAUUUCUUGGCAUGGACACCAUCCGGACCAUCCGUCUCCAAAGAGGUAGCAGAAUCCCCAAAGUCAACAACACCUGAAUGGUGUCGAACAGCAAUUGACGUAUCAAACGCCGCCAACUUCUCUAUCGCGCAUCCUCAAUUCACACGAGGCAAUUUAACCAACCUACGGCUCCACGACUACUUCUCCGAAGAUGCAUAUAUUGAGAGAAAUGGAAAGCGAUGGGGCGAGUGUUACAUUACACCUGAGAGUGGAGAUAUUGGGGGAUGUACCCAUGGAGAUCGAUGGUUUGGAUGGGGAAAACGGACGUGGAGUUGUUGGCCUGUGAUUGAGGAUGUGACACAUCAUCAUAUUAUGGGGCAACAAGAGGUGGAAAUUGGGACCAUGAUGAGCUUGAGUGUUGGUAGCGGGUAUACCGGAGCUAUGGAACAACCUGCAUGGGCUCAAGAGACUGGAAGACCGAAGGGUAGUGAGGUUAAGGAAGCAUUCACGGCGGUUAUGACGGGGUCCAAUUAUUGAAUGAGAGUUUGUUUGUUUCUGAUAGUCAUUUCUACAUUGCUUUUCUACGCUCCGCUUUCUUUAUUCGUGACGAUCGUUAAUGCAGCAAUAGAUGAAGUGUAACUAUAUCCAUUCUUUUCCGCAUGCUGAAGACUGCUCUCUCCACCAGAUAUUCUCCCACGCUGAAUAUCUCUCGAAUAAAUUUUGUCAUCACCAGGACUAAAUUUGAGUGGUAUUUAAUCUUCUACAGGCAGUGCCCCUUCUUCAAGUGGUUCAUCUUGUCGAAACGCCCCCUGAUUUUUCGAACGCUUGCAGACCACGAAGUUAUCAAAAUUCAUAUCUUCAAGAUCUAAUCCCGUUUCCAACCCUGUUUGUCUAAUCUGUUCAAAAGAAGAUACUUUUCUUGUCUUGAAGAUCAACGAGGAACGUGGUUGUUUUCGCCUGAGAUGAUGAGAGACUUCGGGCAUGUGUGAUACAUUCAUUCACAUUGGGAUUAACCAGCAUUUAUGAAAGUUAAAGUGUUGGUAUACAAUCUAGCGUAUUGUCGCUCAGCGUCUACUUGUGAUAUGAUGAUUGUUGAAGCAGGAGUAGUUCGACAAGGACAGCAAAGAAAAACACAAAAUAACACAGGGAGACAAUUUGGCAAUGAAAAAAUACCUGAUGUAGCACUGCAAUGAUUCAAAAAGCAAUCUUGCAUCCUAAUUCGAUCUCUAGCCCAAGCUUGUAGAGUCACCUUCGCCUCGAGAGACCGGCCUUAUUCUCCAUGUAUCUUACUGCCCAUUACGGGUAACAUCUUGUUGAUAGAAACGUCUUGAAUCAAGUGUCA